UAUAACGUUCAGUUGACUCCUCCCUCCCCCGCAUUGACACCUCACUUCUCUCUCUUCUUUCUCUCUUCUCUGAUCCCUCCAUUAAUACUCAGACCCCAUUUCCCCUUCUCUCUCUUUCUCUCUUCUCCUCUAUCUCUUCCCUGAACAAGGAUUGUGCUCUCCUCUCUCUCUCGUUCUGUCUGUUUGUUGAGAAGAAACCCUAACCGGAGCAGAGGCCUCGAUCUCGCCGGAGAUGGCUUAGGCGCCCUCAUUCUCAGGAUCCGACCCGGACCCGAGCAGGAAGGAGGAGAGAAGGGUGAAUUGAAUUGAAGUGAAAGUGAAAGUGGUGGGAGGUUCGUUUGGGUUGGUUGGAGGGUUUUCGGUUGGGGUAAAGAGGGAGGGAGGGAUGUACAAGAACCAGCUGCAGGAGCUGGCGCAGAGGAGCUGCUUCAACCUGCCUUCUUACACCUGCGUGAGGGAGGGCCCUGACCACGCCCCCCGCUUCAAGGCCACCGUCAACUUCAACGGCGAGACCUUCGAGAGCCCCCACUACUGCUCCACCCUCCGCCAGGCCGAGCACUCCGCCGCCGAGGUCGCCCUCCACUCCCUCUCCACCCGCCACUCCCUUGCCGCCCGCAUCCUCGAUGAGACUGGCGUUUACAAGAACCUCUUACAGGAAAUCGCCCAGAGAGUCGGCGCCCCGUUGCCCCAGUAUACCACAUAUAGAUCUGGGCUCGGACACCUUCCUGUAUUUACUGGGACAGUGGAAUUGGCCGGGAUAGUAUUCACCGGAGAACCAGCCAAGAAUAAGAAGCAAGCGGAGAAGAAUGCAGCUAUGGCAGCAUGGUCUUCCUUGAAACAAUUGGCAAAAGAAUCUGCUAGUUCUUUAGCGGAACCCGAGAACACUGACGAGCUAGAGCAGAUCACGAUAGCUCGAGCUUUAAUAAACUACCGCUCGAAGGAGAAGGUAUCAUUAGCUAACUCCCCUACAGGCUCAAUCCCAUUCACGAUGAAGUUCCCUUCCCAGAGUCCUAGACCGACUAGCCCACAGCCUCUGCCAGCGGCGACCUCUAAGAUCCUCCCUCUAAUCUGCCCCAGAUCCUCUCAUCGGAACAGAUUCUCAGUGUCUUCUUCAUCGAAUGAAAACCCGGUCCCACCACCACAAUCAACGUCUCUCGAUAGCCGAGGAGCUCGACUCAACAAGUUCCCGGCAGCAGGGGCUGCUCCUUACGUUCCAAUCCGCACAUUUAGAACGUCUUGCCAUGGAAUCGCUCCGCCGGUGACUAUAAGAACUGCGAGGCCUGUAUUCUCUGCACCGCCUCGACCGCCUCCGCAGAGGUUAUCUUCUCCGAUGGCACAGGCAGCAAUGGCACCGCCGGUUGGUAUUGCGCCCCCUGUCUGCAUCAGGCAAGCUGUGCCAGUCUCUGCUGCUCCCCUGGCUCAGACCGAGGAUGCUCCCCUUCCUCCUUUUCCUUCACCUUCUCCAGUUCAGAAGGAACCUCAAGUCACCACUGCCAUAUCUCCUGCUGAGAAGGAGUCUCCUACUGAAGCUGCGAUUUCUCUCGCCCCAUCGUUUGAGUCCGUUCCUCUCAUGAAGGAGGAAAUCCGAGACACAGCUGGGAAAAAUCUGCAAGCACCCGAAAUAGCUGAAGUAGCAGUACAGGAUAUGAAAGAGCUUAAGAUCUGAUUAGGUAUCAUAAAUCGUAAAUCGCGGAGCAUAUAAAGACUGUUUGGAACUUUGUUAUGAGGCUUCUCAUUGUCUGCUAGGUUUUUCUUGUGUCUUCUCUACAUCUAUUAUUUACAUGUGUGGCUUUAUUAAGGUCGUCAUGUCUCCCCUUUCCCUCUGUGGCAGUUGGCUCUUUGAGCUUCCAUUUUCGAUUCGGUUAAGUUAUAGCUUCCACUUCCACUUUUAUCAUACCGAUUCAUAGUUUCGGGCUA